GCCUCGUUUCUCACUUGCAUUUAGGAAAACUUUCUUUCCUUCCCUUUCUCUUUCUACUGCGAUACUACCUGCUCAUACUUUUAUUACUUGCAUAAUCCUCUUCUUCUCAUUCGUCGUUGGAGUUGUUAAGGAUUUGUUGCAUUACUGCAUUGCAUCUUGAUCUACACAAUAGCUCUUCAAGCUCUCGAAAGCUUAUCCUAGUCUUGACAUCAAUUGGUCUCCACCCCGCUAUCAAUUUAGAUCGGAGCUGGGCUGGAUAAGCAAUUCUCAAAAUGCGUCUCUCGGCGAAGAUUUUAGGUCUUCCGACUUCGAUUUUGAUAUUGUUGGUUUCGCAGACGAAUUCGGUACACGCGAUUGAUGGUGAGAACAAUCGAUUAUUGGCUUCAUGGCCUCGUGAUUGGACGACACAUGUUAAGGAUUGGAUUUAUGGAUCUGCGGGUAGCAAGAGAGAUGAGGGGUUGGAGAGAGAAGAUGUAUUGGUUGCGAAAAGUCCAGUUGGGAUCCUUAAAAUGAGUGAGGAUGAGGGAGAAAAAUUCUAUAUGGAAUAUUGGAGAUUUGGAAAUGAGGAGACACACAUCAGUUUGGAUGGGGAUAAGGUUUUGAGGGAAAGAGAUUUGAAGGAGGAGGCUCGAUCAUUUGCAAAUUCAUCAAUUCCUAUCGCGUUUCGAGCACCGUUUGCCUUGCAUACGGAAGAUCAUUCGGGAUUCUUGGAUUAUGAAGAAAUUCGAGCUCGUAAAGAGAAUUCGGCUGCUGCGUUGGCUUUACUGGAGAAAAGAGAUUUUAAGUGUCCUACGGGAACGUCGAAUUGUUCAUCAAUUGGAUAUCCAAAUAGUUGUUGCGCAACUGACGAAACGUGUUUUCAGAUCACAGAUACUGGGUUGGGACCUGUAGGAUGUUGUCCUAGUGGAGGAAAUUGUGGAGGAACCAUUACGAAUUGCGCUUCGCCAAAUACCCCUUGUGCGGCUGAUGUGGGAGGAGGCUGUUGUAUCCCUAAUUAUGUAUGUGCUUCGAUUGGAUGUGUGAUCAAUCCAUCACUUGUGGUGGUCAUUACCACCACGCAAACUUUUACGGUUAUUUCGUCGACGCCAACGACUACGACUCAGAUAACUACGAUUACGAGUACACGAUCCUCAAGUGUAUCGAGUACGGUCUCUCGAAGUUCGGAGGAUGUUAGCACUACUACAACUACUUCUGCUUCUGGUGUCGUUCCAGUUCGUCCUACUGGUGAUUCUUCUACUAUUACAACGGCUUCUUCAAUUACUCAAGAUACAUGUCCAACGGGGUUUUAUGCUUGCUCAGCACAUUAUCAAGGAGGAUGUUGUAGAACGGGGAGAAAUUGCGAUACGACAUCUUGUCCAGCAACAUCAUCAACGACAAUUAUUAGUAGUGGAAUUACAGUAGCGGUUCCGGUGGGAUCAGCAGCAACAAUUACUUCGGCUACAGGAGCAUGUGCAACGGGUUGGACGAGUUGUGCGGCUAGUUUGGGAGGUGAUUGUUGUCCGAGUGGAUGGGCUUGUGGAACGGUUAGUUGUGAGAGUGUGAGUGUGGAGGCGACGGCUACGAUUACAAAGGUGCUUCAGAAAGAGGUGCCGGGGAUGGGGGGAAGGGUUAGGGUUGGCGGAGAGAGAGGAGGGAUGUUGGGUCUGGGGGUGGUGGUGGUUGGGUGGUUAGUUUUGUGAGAGUGGGUUGUAGAUGAGAGUUUGCAUCAUGAGCGAUGAAUGAUAAUGAUGGGCUAUGAUGAUGCGUCAUGAGUAAUGAAUAUAUUGAGUUUGGGACUCAGUUCAUGGGAGGUAUAUUAUUAGUUUGUAGACUGGACAUACA